GUGGGAGAUGUGGCCGUAGUAGGACAUACAGUAGCAUGUGGACAAAGUCUCUGCGCCCUCUGCUACAAAGUGAAGGACACAACUGGAUUUUUUUUUAAAUGAAUCAACUAUGAGAAAAGAAAAAACAAUGCAUUUGUACUUUUCUUGUACAUCCACUCAUAUUGGUUGCCCUGUUCAUUAGAGAUGAGGUCUAUAUCUAUUGGAGAUGAGUUAGGUUCCGGACUGCACAAGUCAUCAGGAUGUCGGAGAGCUCUCUGUCUAGAGACAAAAGUAUUAAAAUGUCAGAAAAUAAGAGUGAUAACAGGGAGCAACUCUCUGAAGCCGAAGAUAGGAAAAAGGCUCUUCUGUCUAAGAUAAAAAUUCUAACCAUAUCUGAUUUAAGGAAGGAGUGGCAGCUACGGUCUGAGGAGCACGCAGAGAAGCAGAGGCUCAAUCCAUUCAGUGAUGAUUUUGACCACCAACAUGCAAUGGAAGUGCGACUUCGGAAGGGGGAUCAUGGCUACGGGAGGCCCGAGGAAGGUAGCAAGACAGAAGAAAGGGGGAAGAGAGCACUUCAGCACAUACACAAAGAGAUUGAGGAGAUGUGCCUCAUUAUAAGAGACAUGGGAGUAAGAAGCAAAGACGGGAAGAUCAGAGUGAAAUUCGGGAGGUUAUUUGAGAGAUAUGUACAAAUCUCAGACAAGGUGGUGGGGAUCCUAAUGAGGGCUAGAAAACAUGGACGGCUGGAUUUUGAAGGAGAAAUGCUGUGGCAAGGAGUCCAUGAUAAUGUUAUUAUCACUCUUUUACAAUAACCUGGAUAAAAAACAAACACAUAUACUUUUCAUUUGGCUCAGAACACAAGUAUUCACAUGUCUGAGAAAUGAUUCUCUCAAGUGUGUUUCCAAGACAUUGUCAUUAUUUAUAUUUGUUGGAGAGGACAAUCUGCCCACUGAAGCACUGAUAGAUAAAUAAGAGUGUUAUUUGCAGAGUAAUGUCUGACUGAAUAUUUAUGGAAAGUUUUUAAAGUAGAGGUGUGCACUGACAACUGUAUUUUGGUUUUGGAAUUGGAUUAAUUUGUGAGUUUUGGUUUAGCAAAACAACCUCAUGUGUUUUGGUUUUGGAUCUGUAUUUAAAAGAAAAAUGCAAAAAAAAAAAGAAG